UUUGAACCAUGAUUUAACAAUGGUUGGACAUUUUUCAAGCACUUCCCAAGUGCUUGUCACAUGUUCAUAAAAUGUUCGCCGCAUAUCCAUCGAAUAUCUGUUGGAGUACAUCUCGCCGUGUCAAUGCUCUUAUAAUCCAACUUCAUGUGCUUGGAACCCUUUGGUCUUGACUGCACUACUCCACGACCUCUAUUCUAGGGAUGCCAAAUGCCUUCACAAUAGGUUGUAAACUGAUUAUGCUCUUGUCUCACACCUUGACAUUCAUAGUGGUAUUAGGCAUCUGGACAAGUCUUCAGAGCCUUGGCCUGGUCGAACGUACCAUUUCUAUCAUGUCAGUCCUGGUACAUGCUUCCAGCCCAGAAGCAAUAUCAGCACAUGCUGAGCACAUGCUGAGCAUAUGCUACAUGCGUGCUCUCCGCAGGCGUCUGGAACAGGCAUUCCUUCUCAUCUCUCGCCACUUGCCGCCGCAAGAAGAUCCCAACACUCUUACUUUUCACUUCUGGCCAUUGCCUACACAGUUUCAGGUCUCAACUCCCCUGAACUUCUUGUUCUUUCGUUCCCCCAACAUGGUCACUGCAAAGUCUCGAGUACUGAAGCAGCCUGCCGAGACUUUGUCCCCCGAUGAGCUUCACACAGCAACAGCCGAACCUUGCCAUCGCCCAGCCGACCCUUCCCUUGUGCUCAAGCUGUCUAAGGCCGCGAGCGACACAACGCUAGAGCUGGUUACCGUGGCAAUUAAUCGAGCAUUGUCCACACGUCUUUACGGAAACAAAAUCGGUUCGUGGCGCUCUGUGUUUCUCUCUGCCUGUCUUUUGAACUGCAUUUCGCGUGACGAUUCUGCUACUCGUCUCUGCUGUUCAAUCCAUCCUUCGCUCCUCCGCACGCUUAAGCGUCUACAGGUUUCCUAGGUAUGCUUCUCCUGCCCACAUACAACUGACAAUACUGACCAUGGUAG